AUGAUCAAGAGAGUCACACUCUCACACAUCGUCGUCUUCUUGCUGUUAUCAUCGGCCGUCGUCGAUGCCAAGUCAGCUCCGCAACCGGAAGCUCCUGGUAAUCCUACAAGAUUCCCCAACUGGGACCCAUCAUUCACUCCAGUGAUUGCGGCCCUCGUCUGCGCCUUCUUGUUCGUUGUCUUCUUCUCCGUCUACCUCCGUCACUGCUCCGACACCGACCUAGUAGUUGCUGGAAACACCACCGCCCAUUGCACUUCUUGUAGCCGUCAAGGCAUCGACCCGAAAUUGCUCGACGGCUUCCCCAUCCUCGUGUAUUCUGCCGUCAAACACCUCAAGCGUGGGAGUGCAGCGCUUGAGUGUGCCGUGUGCUUGGGCGAGUUCGAUCACCACGACAGGCUCCGAUUACUUCCGACAUGUAACCAUGUGUUUCACCCUGAAUGCAUCGACGCAUGGUUGGCCUCCCAUGUGACUUGCCCCGUUUGUCGCGCGAGGCUGACACCGGAGCACCACCGUGGCGGCAGUGGCCGCGAUGAUGUCGUGAUAGUGAUUCAGGAUGAGGCAAAUGCACAUCAAGUGCUUGAUGAAAGUUCUGAGAGUAGAAGAAGAACGGAGCUUAAUUCAGGAGAUCAAAGUAGUAGUAGUUUGGGUAGGUGUCAUUCAACGGGUCACUCUCUGAAUUUGGUUGAAACAGUAGGGAAGGACAUAGAGAGGUAUACUCUGAGGUUAUCGGAGGAUGUGAGGAAGCAGAUUCUGGCGAAUCACGGAGGAGGAAUGCGGCGUUCCUUGAGCUAUAAUGUAUUCCGGCCGCCGGGACGGCCAGGUGAAGGAAGCAGUGGAGAGCAAUUUGUGCGUUGA